UCAGCUGCUGUCUUUUUUAGUGCCAAAGUAACGCCAGACGCUGAUAAUAAAAAUAAACAAUAACAAAACAACGCUUGAUUGCAUAUAAAAAACAGAACUGAUUCUAGUUGCAACCUAUUUAAUUACAACUAAAUGUAUUAAACAUUUGUAUUGUUGAUCAGGAAAUUAAAGAUCUUCGUGCAUCUGUCUAGUGUUAUUUUGUAUGCGCACACAAAGAGCAACUGACGAUUGUUUACGAAUUUGUGUAGAAACUCAAGCAGUCGGGGAAAAAAAAGCUGAUAACGCGCCCACUUUACUGAUAAGCAAAUAAUCCACACUCGUAGAUCGGCUAUAGACGACUGAAAGCAGAAAACAGAAACCAGUACGCACCGAAUUGGGAAAGUGUUCAUAGCACCAAUAUGGCAGCUGUCCAAAAUAGCCUGAAAGUUGCGCUAAGAAAGCGCAUGACUGAGAUUCUCAGCUCUCUGACGCCCGAUUCGAUCGCCCGGCAAUCGCAAGCGGUUACCUCAAAGGUGGUACUGAGUGAGGCAUUUCGUCAGGCGCAACGUGUUAGCAUAUAUUUGAGCACCAAAGAUGAACUGGAUACCACAGAGCUAAUCCGUGAAAUGCUUCGACUAGAGAAGGCGGUGUUUGUACCCAGCUAUCAGGGUACUAAGAUGAAAAUGGUGCGCUUGCUGGAUAUGACGGAUUACGAAGGCUUGCCACUGACCAAAUGGAACAUUAAGCAGCCGGACUUUAAGGAGAAUCGCGAGGAUGCCUUUACAAAUGGACAUGGCAUUGAUCUGUUUAUUGUGCCCGGCGUGGCAUUCACUCGCAACGGCAAUCGCAUGGGUCACGGUAUGGGCUACUAUGAUAAAUAUUUAACUCAACAUGCGGCCAAGUAUCCGCAUAAGAAGAGCACUAUUAUGGCACUGGCACUUAACGAACAGAUCGUUAGCAGUGAGGAGCUGCCCAUGGAGGAUCACGAUGUGCGCCUGAAUUGUGUUGUUACAGAGAAUUCUUAAAAUUUAAUCACGUUACAUACAAAAUUGUAUAAAUCGAAUAUACACAAAACACUUUUUUCAUAUAUGCAA